GCCCCUUAAUUGGUUUACGGCGCGCGUCUUUUAAGUCGGGGCCAUCUGGUUUUGUCGGAAAGGGCCUCUUCUCAAGAGCCUCCUGGCACAUCAGCAAACAUCCAAAUAUGGAAACAAAUGCACGAAAGCCUUCGAAGUUGCUACCCAGGCCUCAGACUUGUAUCGACAAGUGAAGUACUUUUGUUUUCAGGCACGUUGUUGUGCAUUUUCUGUGACCGUUGACGGUCACGUGUUAGCCUGUUGUCAGGUGGCGUCGGCUUAGGCGGGCGCGCGGUCGGUCUGUCGCGCCCGCUUUAUUCGUGGACGAGAGAGGUCACCGCCAUGAGCUUCAGCACCGAGGAGCGCGGCCCGCCAAACACGCGGGACUACAGGAUCUUCUUCAAGGACGCGGCGGGCCGAUAUAUUUCCCCCUUCCACGAUAUACCCAUCUUUGCAGAUGAAGCCCAGAACAUUCUUCAUGCCGUUGUGGAGGUUCCGAGGUGGACCAACGCAAAGAUGGAGAUUGCCACCAAAGACGCUCUCAAUCCUCUGAAACAGGACGUGAAGAACGGGAAGCUUCGCUACGUGGCGAACGUGUUCCCGCACAAAGGCUACAUCUGGAACUACGGCGCCAUCCCGCAGACAUGGGAGGACCCUCAGCACCGAGACGCCGACACGGGUUGCCGCGGGGACGACGACCCCAUCGACGUAUGCGACAUCGGCGACAAGGUGUGCUCUCCGGGGGAAGUGAUCCGAGUGAAAGUCCUCGGCACGCUGGCGCUCAUCGACGAGGGCGAAACCGACUGGAAGGUCAUCGCGAUCAACGCGGACGACCCCGAGGCCGGCCGCUUCGACGACAUAGACGACGUCAGGCGACUCAAGCCCGGCUACCUGGAGGCCACGUUCGAUUGGUUCAAGCGAUACAAAGUCCCCGACGGGAAGGCGGAAAACCAGUUUGCGUUCGACGGACAGUUCAGGGGCAAGGACUUUGCCUUGGAGACGGUGAAAAGUACGCACCAGUUCUGGAAAGCGCUCAUCUCUCGGGAGACCGCCGCUGGCGAGUUGAACUGCACGAACACGAGCGUCUCCGAGGGUCUAUUUUGUUGCUCUGCCGAAGACGCCGCCGCCGUGGUUGAGUCGGCUUGUGCUUUUGGAGCUGCGGAGCCCAUCCCCACUUCUGUUGACAAAUGGUUCUACUAUGAUAAGUAAGGACACUUUGGAAGGGAAAUCAGCGACUUCCUGUGAACACCUAUUUCAUGCUUUUCGUCAGUCACCACAAUAAAAUGACAUUAAACCACA